UUUCUGGUAAAUAUUUGUAUUUGUCAUGUGGCAGGUGCUUGUCCAUAGUUGCAUAGUACCCACUAAUAACAAUGUUAAGUUGUAAUUUAUAAGGAUAAUUAGUAAAAGGAGAUCUCAGAUUGAGUUUGAAACUGCCCAGCUGGGACUCUUUGUCAAACAUAAAUGUUUUAUCCAGUUAGUGAAAUUUUGCCUGGUUGAAGACCACGUUGGCCCCAUGUUAAAAGCCUGAGCCUUGUUCUCUGCAGUAUUUUAUCCACUUCUGACUUUUAGAAUGUUAAUUGUAUAUAUACUUCAGGUGUCAGUGUUUGACAGUAUAACAUUUUAAUCUUAGUGAUGGGCAGCUACCAAGAGGAUGAUGUAUUGCAUCAUGCAACCUGUAAUCUUUGUGUUGCAUCUGUGUAUUAAAAAAGUUCUUCAAGCAAACAAAUCCAAGUCAUUUUUAGUUACCCAUUCUUUAUAUGGGAGUUCAGCUUGCUCCUGUUCCAGUAAGAGAUUUACUAUUGACAAGAGAACCCAUUUUAACGCAUUUUGGUGGAAAUGGAGUGUGAACGCAUAUGAGUUGCAUCUUCUGAAGGCUCAAAGUAGGGUAAUGUCCCAUGUUAUAAUUUCUGUUGUGGAAGAUGGGAAGUGUGUCACUGAGUUAAAAGACAAAUAAAAAUCCUGUACUCAGAGUGUAUUCAUUUGGAAAGACUCCCAAGGAGGGAUUGCACAUCUCUGUGGUUUGUCAGUUUUUUGAAUGUUAGGUGUGUAGUUGAAAUCUCACAGGUCUCAUGGCUGGAGAGCACAGUUAAGUGAAUUUAUUUGAUAUUGGGUUCUGUGUAAAAUGUCAAAGCCUGUUUUGCUUAUUCAGGAAUUGUGCACAAAUGCUAAUAUCUUCUCCAAAAGAAUGCAGUAAAGCAUAUGCUUAAAAAAAGAAGUGCUUUGCUUUUCUUGCUACAUGAUAUGUGAACUUGUAAAGUAAGUUGUUACAUGGACUUGUAAAUUUUCUUUGUCAGGUAUUUGCAUGUCUAAUGCUAGAUACUUCCUUCUCAUAGGACCAUGGGAAAAUAUUUGGAAAACCUUAGGGCUAUUGCUUAUGAUGGCUUGGAGCUCUGGAAGCAGCCCUUGCACUUCAUCACAAUGAGGGAGAGGCUGUGAUAAUGUUUUCGGUUUGGAUGUGAAUAAAUAAGAUGAUCUAAUGAGUUCCAAGUCUGUGUUGCUUCAGGGUGGGCACAGGAGUAGUGGAGAGAGAACCACUGAUUAGAUUUCACCUAACAAUUUACUGACUUUUGUUAGGAAAGAAGAAUGGGACUCUAUGACUUCUACCGUAGAAAAAGUUUUUAGUAAAAAGUGUUGUACUAGUGAAGAAACAGUUCUUCCUUUCCAGUGUUGCUUUUUAAAAAUUUGUUAUUUUUGAUGCUGUUUCAUUUCUGCUGAUUCUGUGUUGACACGUGGGAGCGAUGUUCAAGCAUAGACUUGAACUGCCAUAAAUGGUUGGUGCAGCCUGUUGUGGAAACACUGACAUGAAGUCUGUAGUGAGACAGUGAUGCUGACCAUACCUCUUUGAGCCUUUUAAUCCAUAGAGGAGUGCUGUUGUCAGUCAUGCACGUUAAAAGAUUAAACAUAUGGUGAGAAACCUGAGAUAACUUUUAUCUAUUCACUACUUUAGACUUGUUUGGUUCUAAAGGAGAAUGAAAUGGGGAAGUUGUAGAACUUUGACUCGGCGCAGUAGUCUCAUUUGCUGCAGAAAGUUAAACUAAUCCCAAGAAUUCACAUAAAGAAAAUUAAAGCCUAAAAUGUCAUCUGAAAAGGAACAGUUUUUUUGUGAUAAAAAGGAAAUUAAUUUAUUAAAUCACAAUGCUGUGAGGAAUUGUUCUACAGAUUCUACUUUGGAAAAAGAACCGGUGAAUGAUCCUUUAAGUAUGAGGAUUCAACCAACAAUUUUAGAUGUCAAUCUUGCUUAUGGACUAAAAAAUGUGAAAAUCGAAUUACCCAAGGUGAACAUUCCAAAUGAAGUAUUAAUGAAACAUGAAGUUGAUAGGUUUAGAGAACUCUUUCAGGGUAAGCAGCAAACUACAAGGAUGUCCUUAAGGCUAGAGAGAAUAAAUGGAAGCAAUCCUGAUUGUUCAGAGAGAAGCCAACCAGAAGUGCAAUUUGAGAAAGAGUUGAAAACUGCAGCAAAGGUAGUGAAUUUCUCUUGUACAAAGUGCAAGGAUAACGUUAGAUACAGCCCAAAUGAUCUCCAGAAACAUUUUCAGCUGUUACACUAUGGUGAGUUGCCUUUGUAUCCUUGUGAGAUGUGCAGCUUCUCAGCGAAUGACUUCCAGUCCUUUAAACAGCAUCGACGCAUCCAUCGUAGCACUUUGGUAAAAUGUGAGCUCUGUAACAAUGAACAGAUAUACACUUUGUUGGAUCUGACAAAACAUUUCAUAUCAAAGCAUUGUGUAAAUGGUCACUUUCAAUGUGAAAAAUGUGCAUUUUCUACCCAUGAUGUGGGCACGUUUGUUCAGCACAUUCACAGACAUAAAGAGAUUCCCUAUAAAUGUGGAAAAUGCCACCAAGAAAACUUCACAGAAGAAGAGCUCCAAAAUAAUCAUCUUGUUAAUACCAGUAUGUUUUCUUUUGGUUGUCAUUAUUGCAGUUACAGCACAUCGCGGAAAGAUUAUCUUUUAAAACACAUCAUAGCUUUACAUAGAGACCACUUUAUUGCAAAAGAAAAACCAGAAAAGGAUAAAUACGAAAAAAGAAUAGUGAAGACUCCAGCAGGACUGAAGCUUGUGUUAAAAAGGUAUAAAAUAGGAGCAUCAAAGAAAGCAUUCUGGAGAAGGAAAGAAGUAAGCAGUGGAAGUGACAAUACUGGAGAAGAAAAUGCACAAGUUCUAAGAAGUGUGAAUAAAAUUCAGACAAAUGCUGAGGAGCUGAACCAGUGUGUGAAAGACAAGGAAAAAAAUGAAGAAAAAGAUCAAGUUAAGUACAUAGAAAAUUGUAAUUUCAUGGAUGGAAUGUUCUCUGCUACUACUGCACAAUACGAUAAGGCAGAUGAUGGAACAAAUUACGGCCUGGGAUUACUGAAAAAUGCUGUUCAUGGCCCAACAGUGUUGAUGGUUAAAAACAAUCAAAUAUCUGUUCCGGCAAAUUACAGUGCUAAAUUUAUGGGCUUUAAAAUGGUAGAUGGAAAACAACAUAUUGUUAUAAAAUUACUACCUACAAGCAAGCAAAAUGAGUAUUACUUGGGUCAGGAAGCUGAUCGUAUUAACGAUGGUUCUGCAACUCCUUUGCUACAGACUUCUGAUCCCUGUGGUUUGUCUUCAGGUGCUAUAGCACAUGUAACUGAUCAGUCAACCUUAAAGAACAAUUCUGUUCACACGUUAACCUCCCCUCCAUUUUCUUGUCCUGCACGUCAUUCAGGAAAGAUAGAAGUGGAAAACCAAAAUAACUCCACAUUGUAUGGCAGGAGUGUUUCUGAAACUGUAGCACCUUCUAAUAUAGCUGUAGGAAAAAGUUCAAAUUGUUUGCCAAUGAAGUUGGGCUUAACUGUACCUCCACAUGACAAGGUAACAAAAGUUGGAACUCAAAACAGUGUUUCAUGGGGAAACUUCAGCCCUUCCAGUCAUCCUCAGGUAUUACCACCCGCCACGACAAAUAUGCUUCAUUAUGACCCUGUGAAAAUGCCCUUUUUUCCUGAAGUGAAAAUGCAAAAUGGUGACCUGAAUAAUAGUAAUGGAACUGAUAAUCCUUAUUCAACUUUAAUGGAUCCUGUUAAGGGAAAGUUGUUGUCUUUUCACAACUAUUCCAAAAUGGACUUUUUGGAUAAUCCACGUAGCAUUUGGGUGUCAAGAGAUGACAGACGCAAAAAAUUUGCAGCUAGCAAAACGGUUUCUUUUCAAAACAGUGGAAGUGAAUCUGCAUCUUCAUAUUCAGAGUCGAUGAAAGGCUUAAAAGCAGAGAAAGUUGUGUCAGCCCAAUCAAAUAUUAAUAAAACUUACGAACAUAUAAACACUAAAAAUAACUCUGUGUCUCUUAAAAGCCAAUCUAAGUGUGGUGUUGACAGCGAGUGUUUUAUGGAGGACCAGCAUCAUGGCCAGCAGUAUUUGGACACUAACAUAGAUCAAGGCUUUCAGAACGUAGCUGAGAAAUUCCAAGAAAAUGCCUCUGAUUGCGUUAACUCUUUCUUAAUGCCUAAAAUCACGUCUGUUUUCUCCUUACAAAGUGAACAAGCAGCUAGUUAUUUAUCGCCUGAAAUAAAACAGAUACUGCAAGAUGUGUUAGAAGUGAAAACAACUUCUCAGCAAGAGUUCCACAGCAAGACAAAUAACUGUGUAAAACUUCAUUCUGACAAGCUGCUUUCUGGUCAUGAGACCAGGGAUACAGCCUUCAUGAAUCUAAAAAACUUUGCAACUACAUGUGGUUUUCAGAGGCCUCCUUCUAAUGUAGAAUAUAAGAGAGAGCCGAACACAAGAUGUAGCACAAAUGAAGGUACACAUUGUGGGAGCGAAAGACAGACAUCCAGAACAUCAUUUGAUUCACAGGGUGUGGACAAAUUAUCCAUAACUCCGGGUGCUGGUACAUUGCUAAAAACUCGCACAGAUUCAGUCAUAACACAGCAGUUAGUAAAAGAGAAAAUACUGUCUGCGGCUCAGAAUCCCAGUGGCUUUUCACCAGUUUUACCUGUUCAUCAGGAACAAAAGAAAACCCUUUUCUUUAAGUCCCUUCCAUCAGGAUUUUUUGUUCCUUUGCACCUUGCUACCCAGCCUGGACAACAGGUGGCUUCAGGAAAUUCUCUUCCAUCAACCAGUUCGUCAGAUGGGCAUGUGACUGAAGAUGUACCUGCAUCUUUUCCUUCAAGUAAAGGGCCUGGAAUGAGUUUGACUUUUAGCGGGGCAGUUGGAACAGCUGCAAGUGCCGCUAAUGAUAGUUCUCAGGUUUUAGGGGGAAUUGCAUCCAGAGAAUUCAGUAAAAUAACCAUAUCAACUUCAAAAGUGAAGGGGGAAAAUGACAAUUUUGGAAAUGUAAGAAGUUCCUGUAACAGGGAAGCUUGUUCAGCAAAUGAUUCGUUGAAUAGCAUGCCAUUCAGAAGAUCUCCUCUAACUACAUUGGAGUCAUCUGUGAAAGGAAUUUCUUCUGUGAAAGUGUUAUCAGAGCAUCAGGAUGCUGUCUUUGGUUCUUUAGAGUCAGUAAACCAACGGGAAAUUAAACAGGAACAAGAUGUUUAUGCACUUUCGCCUGAUGGACAGCAGGGAGCUUUUCUGAAAUGUAUGACACCAAACAAGCCUGUAGUUCGUAAACCAGUUUUUUUUCAGGAUACUGCUCAUCAUCAAAAUUGUCAACCAAAGAAAACUGGAGCCAUGCAACAACAGCUUUUGCUGAAAAUGAAGCCUCCUACUUCAGAUACACUGGCUGAUACCACUCAGUCAGUGAGCAACUCAGUGCCCUCGCUACAGGUGGAUAACUUGCAGUUCCUUACUCCUGCACUAGCACAGAAACAAACUAAUCUUAGUUUUAAUAAUGCCUUAAUCUUACCAGGUGAGUUAAUGCCAGCAAAUGCCUCUUUGGCAAGCUCUAAUCCAGCAUGUUGUGUUCCUCCUGUGGAACCUGUUUAUUCUACUAAAUCUGCAGGGACACGAUUGCAGAAUGGUUCUAUUGAGAGUACACAAGUAAUAACUGCUAACAACAGGAAUAACUUCGGUUGUCAGAAGUCCACAUGGAGCACCCAAAACAGAACUGCAAAAGCAAAACCUCGUUUAAAACAAAGGGGCUCUAAAAGUUCAGAAACUCGGGGUGUGCAAAGAAAUAGGAAUUUCAAACGUAAAAGGAAGGCCAGUUGCCCAGAACCUCCAAGAAAGAAAGUAAUGUUGCACAGAAAGUGUAAGGAAAAGAAUCAAGCUGCAGUUGUUAGUGAAUUGGAUAGCCCCUACAAACAAAGGGCAUCAAAAAAAACCGUGAGGACUUUGAAAUUACUUCCUUUUAAUUCUAACCAGCUUGUAAAAUGCCCUCGGAGAAACCAACCAGUUGUUGUGCUUAACCAUCCUGAUGUAGAUGUCCCGGAAGUUGUAAAUCUAAUGAAAACCAUUGCUAAAUUUAAGGGACAUGUUCUUAAGGUUUCAUUGUCAAAAAGAACUCUUGAAGCGCUUCUGCAGCCAGCCUUCUGCAAUCCUUUGGAUGUAACUACUGAUGUUUUUUCUCAAAAAAGAUACAGGACAAUAAAACCUAUUAGCCCUGUAAAAGAAAGAUUUGUCUUAAAAUUGACACUGAAAAAGACUAGCAAAAACAAUUACCAGAUUGUGAAAACUACCUCUAAUAAUACCUUGAAAGCUAAAUUUAGCUGCUGGUUUUGUGGUAGAAUAUUUGACAAUCAGGAUAAUUGGGUAGGACAUGGACAGAGACAUCUGAUGGAGGCUACUCGAGAUUGGAAUUUGUUAACGAUGACCAGUAAAGAAUAUCAAACUUAAAUACCAAGCAUUAAAGUUCUUCAAAAAAUAUUCGGUUGAAUCAGGAUACACAAGUGAUUUUGGUUUUUAUGUCAGUAUUGUAACUGAAGUUCAAAAAUGAUGCAAAGUGUUUGUGUUUUAAAAAAAAGAGCAUAUUCCCUAUUGGCAUCAGCUUUGAGAAAGAUCAAGGAGCUUUGUGGUUUAAAUAACUUGUAACUAAUUGCAAAUACAAUUCCAUAAAAAGAUAUAUUAUUUUUUAUUACUACUAUCAUGUGCUAUAUUUUUAUUCUAUAGAAUGAAUCUUCAGGGCUUUUGUUCUGUACAUAUUUAAAAAUCCCUAAACAUGUAAAUAUUUUUAUACUUUUCAGUUACUUGGUAUAAUUCUUGCACAGAAAUUAUACCCCCUCCCCCAUUUUUCAGUUCUGUGCAUGCACUACUAAAACCAGUUUUUAAAAUCUUUUCAGAUACAUGCAGUUGUUAUCCUGGGAUUUUUGUUAUUUUCACUUAUGAGCUCUUGAUUUUGUUUUUCAGGGAUUGAACACUAUUGUUAGCAAGUGCCUCAAAGAUGUGAAGCAGUUUACAUUAUGUCGACUGUGUAACCGUGGGUCUGUAUAGGGCCAUUUCCCCAACAGUUUCAUUUAAACAAAGCCAUAUGUGAAUGCUUUAAGCUAUAUUUCUAUGCACAUGACACUUGUACUAUUUCUGUGCAGUUUGUCUACUUUCUUAGUGAAGUAUUUUUCAUAUAAAUUAAUAAAACGUUAUGUUUGUGUUAAUACGGCGAGUCAGAAUAAAAUCAAUUGAAAAUAUACAGUAUAUAUAUUCAUAAUGUAUAUGGUGUUAAAGAAUGGUGAACAUUCCUAAUCUGUAUUGACUUUGUCACUAUUAAAUUUGAUACAACUUGUGUUUA